AUGGAUCCACGUUAUCGUUUUUCGGCACGUAUGCCACCACCACUUCAAGAUAGUAAUCAAAUAUUUACAAGUCGAUACAAUCAUCGUCCCGUAAUAUCCACAUCAAAUCAUCGAAUAUCUCGUUAUCCUAUUCCAAUGUCAUCAGCAACACCACAUCUAUUUUCUUAUCAACCUCGACAUCGUUUUCUUUCAGCAUGGGAUCUUGCACCAAAUCCAACAAUUUAUUUAUCAGCACGAAAUAUUGGACAAUCAAUGAAUAAUUCACCGUCUUCUUAUCAUCAUAAUUCAUCAUCGGAUAUUCUCGAAAAUAAAAAUAAAUUAUCAUUACCUCAACAUUCUUCACAAUCAUUAUUAACAAACAAUAGUAAGUGA